AUGGCCCACCUCGCUCCCUGCGUGCCGUGGCCUGCUUCAGCACUUCAGACAAAGCCUCCAGAGGCUAGGCAUCCGCCCGUCUCGUCUGUCCCGCCCUCGCUGCUGCCACACCCCACGUCUCGUUUCCAGGAGGUCCUUCGUUCAACCUCACGACACUCGCCCGCCAACGCAGCGCCAGGCAGCUGCUUCAUCAGGAGCUCAAGAGGAAGUGAUUGCGGAGCGGAUGAAGGGCUUGACGCGCUUGAGGAGCUAACCUGGGAGGACAACAGGGUUGUGUGGAGUCGAGGAGGAAGCGUCUUUCGGACGUUCAGCUAUGAGGAGAAGGGGGAGACGGUAACGCAGGCGCUGUUUGCGGACCUCCACGUCCCAGCGGAGCCAGCAUACGAUCCGUCCGCCGCGUCGCCAGCCGCCUCGACUUCCGCCCAGCGCCUCGACAACGACUCUUCCUCGUCCCUCUUCGGCCCUUACCGCGAGCCCGUCACCUCCUCAUGGUCGGACGACCCUCUUCCGCUCCCGGUCGAUCCCACCGAUCCCGUACCUCCGCCCCGAACCCGCCUCGACCGCACCUUGAUCGUCCUCCUCUCUACGAUCGCCUUCGCCUACCCGUCCAGAGGCGGCUGCAUUCCUUUUCCUCUUCCCUUUCGCGUCGAACGAGCAUGGUCCCUCGAUCAUGGGAUCUUGCUCGAGCGGAAGAGGGAGGGGAGGGAAGUCUGGGCGGAGAACGUCCCGGCGCAACUUCCGACGCUCUACACCUUGUCGGAUCUUUACGACGAGAUGAAGGCCGUUGCGGUCGUACCCUCGUUCCGGUGCACGAGCGGGCGGGGAAACGUGGAGGUCGAGACGGACGGACCGAUCGUACCUGUCGAGGAUUUGGACGAGAAGGUCGUGUUCGUAUCGACGAUGGAGCGCGCGGGCGAACCGCCUGUUGCGGUGUCGAUGAACGAGAAGACGAGAAAGGUCUCGGUCUGGGCAUAUGGGCGGUUGAAGGCGAAGCUCGAGGAUGACGAGGGCGCGAAUGGUCCGGUGCUCGCUGAGCUGGAUCCGAAGGGCAAGAGCAAGGGUGUCGCGCGGGACGGAGGAGACGACGCGAACGGGGCAACGUCGGUCGGCAUGUCUUGCGGACGUGGCAGCCUGAGCGGGACGAAGCGCAAACUUGCCGACACGAGCGCUCACUCGGCUUCGAUGCCUGAAGAGCGGUCUAUCCGGCGAGCGUCCGGCCAGCAUGUCGGUUCGUCGAAAGGUCGACCACGACUCUCGACUUCGCGCGUCAUUGACCAGCAAGACGAGCUGCUCGAAGCGCUCAGUCACAACGCCGAACCGCUCAAGCCGCCAACAAAUGCAACUUCCUCCGCUGCGCUUCGUCGACCCGCAACUAUCGACAGACGGAGCAGCAUGACGCGAAACGACUUGAGCGUGACGAUGGACCGGAUGGCGUUGAGUCAGGGUGCGAGCAGCGCGGGAGGCGGAGACCUCGAGCGCGAGGCGACGAUGUUCUUCAGCGAGGCGGAACAGACGAGCGCGGCGAGCGAGGUCGUCUUGCAGAGGUUGUGGGAUGCGGAUCUUGGAAACCUCGACACGAGGGGCACCUCCGCGUAUCUUUUCGACACACGCUCGCCUGAAACGUCUUCCCUCGCCAUCCUACUCCCUUCCGCACACGUCCUCCUCAUCCUCCGACUCAGCACCGCGCCAGACGGCUCUAUCGCCGUAUCUCCUCUUCGCGAAGUGCAAGCGUCUUCAGCCACAACCGUUCUCGCCACCCGCUCAGCGGUUCUCGACCUCGCCUACCUCCGCCCAGACGGGACGCUCGCCGUCGUGACAGCUGAUGGGCGAGAAGACGACGUCGACCUUCCUCCUCUCGCAGCGGACGACCGACCUGCGAAACUCGCCGGCAAUACAUCUCGCAAGAUGAAUAUCGUCAUCGAGCAGCAGAAACGGUUGAUGACCUGUUUUCGGACCCCGCCCUGUCGCUUGCUGCGAGACUGCCUCGAAGCUCUCUCAGCCGUCCUCCCGCUCGACGACUUCGUCCAGCUGCAGGCAUCGAUCGUGCAUCGGCGGAGUACCAGCGAUGCGGCCUCCAGCCUGGACAACCUCGAGGCUGUCCUCGCGCCGCUGUUCGGCAUCGACACGGCGGCAGCGGGUGUCGCUCCCGAUACCUUUGAGACGUUCCGACGAAGACGCGCCGGACACCAGCCUGCUUUCCCCGUACGCGCCUCAACGACGGCCCCUCCUUCGACCGCUUUCGCCGACUCGCCUUCGCCCGACCUGCCAGAUCAGCUGCAAGCGACGCUCUUGACCCUCCACCUCGUUGUUCAGGACGUUCGGCUAUCGGCGCGAAGACGGAAGGACGUGGUGAAGCUCGGUCGAUUAGUCGCGCGGCUGGCAGGUGCAGCGGGUUUGUCGGGCUGGGUCGACUACUACAGACGACUGCUCGGGGCAGCCCUUGAACCCGUGCAAGUCGCUCUCGGCCGCACCGCUUCGCGCCUCCCCAGCACCCCGCCAGACCUCCUCGCCCACCUAGCCGCCCUCUUCCGCAGCGAACCCCGGCCAACGAUCGCUUUCGACCUCUCAAGUGUCGCCGACAGCUUUAGCCUCAUUCCUUCCGGCUUCUACGGCUCGACAAUCGUCGCAAACCGCCUCACACUCUCCAUCAUCCGCCUGUACUCGCUUCUCGGCGAUGGUUCAUCCGGUCGACCAGCACCUCGCAUCCACUCAGCCGUGCGAUACAUGCUCGACGAGCUACGUUGGACAGGGGAAGACCUUGACGGCUUGACCUUCGCGGUCGUCGUGCCGCUGCGCGAAGCGAUCAGGUCGUGCCAGCUCGACCCGCCGGACAACUGGCCCGUCGAGGCGUACAACCUGAUCCGGCGUACCGAUCUGGCGCGGCAGCAUGGCGCGGCCCAGCGUGCAGCGCCAGCGAGUCGGUCCGAAUCCGCCGCGGCCGCAACGAGCAUCGACGAACUCGCUCAGCGGGUGGCAGGCCUGCCGAGUUCGUCGGCUGGGUCCGCAUCUUCGGCCUCGACGAGCGUCAGCCUGAACCCAGUCCCAAGGGCCGCCCGCUUCAACGAGGACAAGCGUCUGGAGGAAGUGACUCGGAUGCUGCAGUUCGAGGACCCCGUGACGAUCAGCGCCGGCGACAGGACCAUCGACCAGCUCACUCCGCAAAUUCAGCAAUCAGUCCUGCUCGCCCUCUCGCAACGCACCCUCUCGCUCCCGGUCGGCUGGGGCAUCUUCCGCUUCCGGACGAAGACCCUGCAGCCCUCCGACGCCAUCAAGAUUGGCAAGAUCAACACGUCGGCCAGGAUCGUCCCAAUGCCUUCUCCUGUCGCGCUCGCGGAGAAGGAGCGCGAGCCAACAGCAGGAGCGCCGCCCGACCGCUUCGAAUGGCCGGACUUCCACGCCGGCGUGUCGGCAGCGCUCGAACUCCAGCUCGACGGCGGGCAAGCGGUCGACAGCUCGCAGAUCUCGUUCAAUCGCCCGGCAGACCUCGACUCGCGGCAUGCGGGUUUGUUGUACGGUCUCGGCUUGAGCGGCCGGCUCGGCUCGAUGCUGUCGAGUCAAGCCUACGACUACCUCAAGAGCAAGCACGACCCCACUUCUGUCGGCAUUCUGCUCGGCCUCGCUGCCUCGUACAUCGCGACGGGCGAUGCGACUGUCACCAGCGUCAUCUCCAUUCACCUGCCAGCACUUCAUCCGCCGCGCUCGUCGUCCCUGAAUGUGUCCGGCAUGACGCAAGCCGCUGCCACUGUCGCACUGGGCCUCGUUCACUUCGGCUCGGCGAGGCGCAACUACGCCGACGUUCUCCUGCGCGAACUGUGCGGCAUCAAGGUGACGAGCAUCGACGACGGCUCGCAGUGCCGCGAAGCUUACGCAUUGUCCGCCGGCUUCUCCUUCGGCCUGAUCAUGCUCGGGGCGGGACGAAGGGACAAGACCCGCUCGUCGAAGGAGGUCGACCACCUCCGCGUCUUCCGCGCCUUGAUCCUUGGCGAAAGCAACAACGCUCUACCCGGUGCACAGUCCGCCAAGAACGUGACCGAUAUCAACGUGACGUCUCCGGCCGCGACCGUCGCCGUCGGCUUGAUGUACCUGCGCUCGGAGCGUAAGGAUGUCGCGGAGAUGCUCGAAAUCCCCUCGACGCCGCGCAACCUCGACUAUGUGCGCCCCGACCUGCUCCUCCUCCGCACAAUCUGCCGCAACCUCAUAUUGUGGGACCAAGUUGCCAAGUCGAAGGAGUGGGUCGAGUCGCAGCUCCCUCCAUUUCUCGGCGGCGAGGCAGCCGCGAACGUCAAGACGCCCGACGCGGACUAUGACAUCGCUCGCUGGAGCAUUGCGGCUGGAGCGUGUUUCGCGAUGGGCCUCAAGUUCGCCGGGACGGCCGCCGCCGACGCGCAUGCGACUCUCAUCCACUACCUCGACCGUCUGAGCCGCGCGUCUUACGUCAAGACCUCGUCGAUUCAGGGCAAGAUGAAGCGCCAGGCUCUCCGCGCCUCACUCGCCGCCCUCAGCCUCGCCCUCUCGAUGGUCAUGGCGGGCACGGGCGAGAUCAACGUGCUUCGCCGGAUCCGAGUCGCGCACGGCCUUUUCAGCGACGGCAUCACGUACGGGAGUCAUCUCGCCGUCCACAUGUCGCUCGGCCUCCUCUUUCUCGGGCAAGGCAAACAGACUCUCGGCAACUCCGACGCGGCCGUCGCUGCCCUCUUUCUCUCGCUCUACCCGAUCUUUCCGUCCACCUCGCUCGAGAACCGCUUCCACCUCCAAGCAUACCGGCAUCUCUGGGUCCUCGCCGUCGAGCCGCGCUACCUCGAGGCGCGCGACGUCGACUCUGGGGAGCCUGUCUUCCUUCCUGUCCGCCUCCGCCUCAAGCCUGACAGCGUUUCAGGCCAACCGAGCGGCAAAGCGGCGAUCAAGCAGCUCGUCGCGCCGACUCUCAUUCCCAGCAUCUCGCAAAUCGGCGCCAUCCAGAUCGACUCGCCGCGGUACUGGGCCUUCGCGCUCAACCUCUCGUCGAAUCCGUCCCACCUCGAGCAGUUCCUCCGCGACAGCACGCUCUACGUCAAGCGCAAGACGGGCCAUCUCAGCUAUGCGCAGGACCCGCGCGGAAUCCGAAGCAUCUUCACUCGUUCGAAGAGCGAGACGGGCUCAUCGGUGUUUGACUUUGGUCAAACAGCGAGGAUGCUCUCCACGAGCGCGAACGGGCUGCGGGACUUUGUCGCGGCGUUCUCGGGCGACGAAGAGGCGGUCGCGGCGAUUGCGGCACUCUGCCUUCCAAAGGACGCGAACCGACCGCCCACCGAGUUUGAGGCCUUCUCCGCUUCGGUUCUCCUCGAGUCUCUCACGAAGGACAAGCGCGACGUCGCACCCAUCUACCGCGCCAUCUACUCUUCCGUCAAGAACCUCGAAGCCGCCCUCGACACCCCUUCCUACGACUCGUCUUCCGCCGCGCUCAUCGAGACAGACGACCUGCUGUUCGUGGUCGACUUCUACAAGCUCGGCGCUUUCAAGUCGAUCUUCAGUCGAGUCGGCGCGCCUGGUCCGUCUUCGUCGAGCAGCAAGAGCAAGUCUGGCUCGUCGACCAGCCGCGAACCCCUUCUCCAUCCGUCCUUCAUCUCGCACCUUUCGUCGACCCUCUCGGCUCUCGGAUCGGACGCUAUCAACGAGGAUGCAUGGGAUGCGCUCGAGCGGUACCUUCGCGAGCUGGGCGAGUGGCCAAACGACGGUCCUCUCUGGACGCGCCUCUCUCUCGCCCUCUCGCACCUCCGCCUGCCGUCCCUCUCGACCCUGUCACAGCUGCGCGACCUCGUCGGACAAGCGCAGCAGAACCAAGGUGCGAGUAAGGAGGUCAUCGAGGUCUUGUUGCGAGCGACGGCGAAGAAGGUAGAGGAAACGAGAGGAAGGGGAACGGCGUGGAGCGAGGAGGGCGAGAGGAGGAUGGUCGCGAGUUGGUGCGGGGCGUGA